AACGUCAUCACAAACCAGCGAACACGGUGUGGAGCUGGAGAUGAGCCGAGGUCAAAAAGUCACUCCCCUACAUGUGUGAAUCUUGGCAUGAUUGUGUCAAGUACAUAACAGAAAGGGAUUGUGCUGCAAUAAUGGACACUUUUCUGAGAGAGACGAAGGACCGCCUGGAAUCAGCACGAGCCGAUGCACCACUGAAUAUUCAUGUUGUCCUUGGCAACGAGUCUUGUGAUUUGGAUUCCGCAGUUUCUGCACUAGUUUGGGCCUACCACUUACAAAAGGAACAGGAAGUGCCAGGCACCAAGUGGGAUGCCGUCGUGCCGGUGCUGAACAUUCCCUUUGAGGACUACCACCUCCGCACGGAGGUCAAGCACUUCCUGAGCUUGGUCAACAACAUCGGCGCUUCCUUGUUAGUCUUUCGGGACGACGUUGACCUGCAUUCCCAACAUGCCUCGGGAAAGCUAGGCCUGACCCUGGUGGAUCACAACACUCUUCCCAAACGGGAUGCCUCACUGGACGGAGCCGUCCAGGAAGUCAUCGAUCACCAUAGCAACAGUCGUCAAGACGACGACGAACGGGACAUCCGGGUGACGGUGGAGACGGUGGGUUCUUGUGCCUCAUUGGUGGCAGAGAAGGUUCUGGCCCAGAAUCCGGAGAUUGUGGAUGAACACAUUGCCAAACUUUUGCUGGGUCCCAUUCUGGUCGACACCGUCAACCUGUCAGCCUCGGCUGGUAAAGCCACACCCAAGGACAUUGCCAUGGUGGAGGCAUUGUCCAAGAUCUGCCCAGAUCUCAACAAAGAGGAGAUGUAUCAGGAACUGCAACAGGCCAAAGCUGACAUGUCUGAUUUCUCAGUCACUGACAUUCUGAGGAAGGAUUUCAAAUGUGUCUCCGGUGCCUCCAUGAAUAUUGGCAUGAGCUCAAUACCCAUACGUCUUACGGAAUUUGUAGAAAAGCCGGACUUUGAAAUUGGACUCCAAGACUUUUGCACAUUGAAAGACCUACGACUUCUUGUCCUGAUGGCUCUGACUGUAGCAGAGGAUGCCAAGGCACACAGGCAAAUCUGUGUCUACUCUUCCAAUUCCUCUGACUCAAUGAAAGAUGAACUGAUCCAGACUCUGGAGGAAUCUGCAUCUCCUGAGCUGGUUCUCUCAGAGUUGUACACAAACUCCUCUGGUCUGAUUGUGUACUACCAGGGCAAUGUCAAAGCAUCCAGGAAGCAGGUGCUUCCCCUGGUGAAAAACUUUCUAGACAGUCAGGAGGAUUCCUCCCCAGAUGAAGAUCAGCAGGUCGAGGAAGAUGUGGCAACGGAAUCUGACCUGACUGACAUGAACGACACCCUCCUGAAACUCUCUAACAAUACCAACAAUGCCAAUGAGCAAGUCUUGAUGGAUAAUCCACUCUGGAUUGGGGACAGUCAGGCGAUAAGCUCGCCGGAUUCCAGCGGCAUCGACGCCGGAUCAGUGCUCCUGGAUUUGGACCCAUUCUCUGGAAACCAGGACGGGAUGGUGACGUCAGGAAGCGGGGCAUUCUCCUCCGGGGACAGCGUUGACACCAUUGGCAUUACACCCUCUAGUCCAAGUAGUGAUGCCAUGGGCUUUGGAAGUGGAUCAGAGGACCUCCUUGGGCUAGACAAUCUUGCAUCAACACAGAAGCCUGGGAUGGGAGAAUUUGACAGCGCCAAUUCUGCUUCCAAUCCAUUUGCAGAUUCCACAGAAGGAGAUUUUGUGGGGCUGGAUGCCUUCAUGUCACAGCCGGCAGCCCCGUCCGACCCCAAUCAAAAUCCAUUUGGCGAGUCUGCUGAGGCCAACACCACAAACGAUCUCUUCAGCUUUGACACCAAUGUGGGCCUACCAGCACCAGUCCUUGAGACUACCGUCUCUGUCUCGGCAAAUCCUUUCAUAGAUGAAGAUCCAAACAGAAAUAACUUGCUGGAUUUGGAUCCCUUUGCAUCAUCAGUCUCUGAAGCACCUGUAGCCUCAGGUGAUUCUCUUAUCGAAGCGUCUGUCUCGACAACUGUUGAGAGUUCUGCGACUGAUCUUGGAGACUUCAUGAAUCAACUCCCGGGAAGUCCUGAUGCAGCGGAUCAAAAAUGGUUGGACCCUUCUUCCGACGUUCAGUUAGAAGUUGCAGUAGAUAAUGCUGAAGUCCUCCCAGUUGAUGCAUCAAACAACAAUCCCUUUGCCAUACCAAGUCAGACAGAUAAUGACCCAUUUGGGAUAGAAGCUUUCGGGUCCCCAACAAGUGAUUUCACAGAUGAAGCAUCUAAUGACGUUGCAGCAGCUAGUACAAAUCCAUUCAAAUCAUCAGAACCACCAACAGAAACUUCAUCGAAUGCAGCAACUGAGUCAUCUACGAUUGAUUUUGGUGCUGUUGCAGACUAUCAUCCUGGAAGUCCAGGUUUUGGGGUAGUAGCAGAACCUUCUGAUUUACUUGACACCGAUUCCUACUCUGAUUCUCCAGUUGUGGUGGGUGAAAAUUUAGCCCCAGCUAUUCCCCCAGUAGUAGAAGGAUCCUCUAAUCUCCUUGAUCUUGAUGGCAUUGAAACUGAUCAAGCGGAAGUCCAGGCUCAAGAGCUUCUUCAUCCAACUCCAGAAAUUACGAUAUCCCGGACCUCAUCGGACUAUGACCAAGAGACCUCCGAAACUGAAAACAUCCUUGAAAAACCAGAAGAUAACAUUCUUGAUGACCUGCCAUCCGAUGAGAACCAAGAUGUGGGUGAUGAGGAAGUAGCAGUCGAGGUACAAGACCAACCUGAUGAGGGAUUCAAUGAAAUGGACAACAUGGAUCUGGAUAAAGCUGAUCAGGAGGUGGAGGAACAGAUUUCCCCAGGUUCUGAUCUUGAUGUCACUGAUGAUGACAAGUCACCUGAGGACUCUGUUGGGGACAAUCAGAGAGCGGCUUCUGGGGGGUCAGAGGAUGAAGCAUCUGCUCAGCAAAACAAACAGGAUGAGGCAGAUGUAGAAUUGGAUGAGAUGUCUGGUAACAUACAAGCAGACCUGUCACCGGAUGAGAGUAUCUCUAUAACCUUAAAGAGAGACCAAGAGGAAGUAGACACUCAACUUUCACAGUCUCUGGAUGCUAUGGAAUCACCAAUUGGUUUAGAAUCUGCCGAUUAUAGUAUUGUGGACAGAACAACAAAAGAGGAACAGCAGAACUUAGAUGAUUCCGAGCAAGAGGAACUUCAAGACCAGCCUCCAGUUACUACUUCCAAUGAUAAUGAGAUAGCGGACAUUCCUGAGGUUGACUCGGAUUUGGUUGAGACCUCACUUGAAGCAGUCGUUGAAUCAACAGCACAUGACAUAGAAAUAUCUCAGACACAUGAUUAUCAGUGUGAAGAAGGGGAAGCCAAAGAGGAACACGUAUCAGUAAAUGAGGAGGAUGUGAGUAGUGCACAAGAUGAGGUUCUUGCCAAUAGUACUCCAGUUGAUAUCCAGGCGGUUUGUGAAAGUGAGGAAAGUUGUGCUACUCUGGCAGAAGAUGCAGCCAUUGAACCAGUACUUUCAGAUACUCCAGCAUUAGGGACAUCCGCAUCACAUCUUGACUCUGCGCAAGAUGAGGAAAUAUCAUCGGAAGCAGUCAAUCAACUGGAAUCUGUCCAGGGGUCAGAUGAGCUCCCAGCCCCAGCAAGUCCUACGGGGCAAGAGGCUCUGGAACCUGAUGAUCAAGAGGAGAAUGUGGUUGAUAAUGCCACAGAUGAUUUCCAAGAGAUGGAAGACGAUGGUGUUGAAGACCAUGCCGGUCAUUCAGAAGAUGUAUCAGCGGUUGAGGAUGUGAGUGAGGAACCAAGUGAUGUUGAAGCAGAUGAUGCUUCAGCUGAUACUAAAGAGGUACAAGAAAGUGAGGAAAAUGCCACUCUAACGGCAGGUGCAGUAAUUGAAAUGGUGCUUCCAGAUGCCACAGAUUUGGAGGAACCUCAAGUGCAGCCUGACGAGAUAAUGAAAGAUGAUGAAACAGUAUCAUCACAAGAAAUUGAUCAAGUGGAAUCAGUUCCAGACUCAAUAGAUGAGCUCCUGGCCCCAGAAAGUCCAGAGGAACUAGAUACACAGGAACCUGAUCAGCUUGAUGAGAACAUUGUUGAUGAUGGUGGUGAUCAUGUCAGUGUGUCAGAUGAUGUGCCAUUGGAAUCACACCUCCAACCUAACAAAGAAUCAGAGGUGGAUAAAGCCGAAGAAACAAUACUACCAGCAACAACAGGUGUUCUGGAGUCUGCUCCAGAUGUAGUGGAUGAGGUUUCAGGUCCUGAUAGUACCAGCGCACUUGAUGUUCUCCCUCUUGAGCUGUCUGUGGGAGGAGCUACUGCAUCCGCGGAGCAGAAUUUCUCCCCAAUGUCAGAUGAGGGACCCGCUCGCUCCAGUGGAGUUACAAGUCCCGACAGUGAGUUCACCUCAGAUAUAAUUUCCGACGACCCGUCCAGCGGGGACUCAUAUAUAGUGACAGACCUUUCACAUGAAGCUGGAAACUUUCAGAUUGCGGACAUCCAAGAGGAAAUUGAGGAGGAGGAUGAAAAUCAAGCGGUUGACUCCAAAGAAGAGAAAGAAGAAGUUGAAGAUCUGGCAAAGUGUAUCAAUGGCAUCCCUGAAGUUACUCUGUCGGAAGACUUCUCUGGAGAUGUACAAGUUGGAGUCAUUGAUGACUAUUAUGCAGAAGAAAUGCAGACUGAUAGUAAAGAAACAGAUGUAAUUCCUAUUCCGACAGAUGUUGGAUUUGCUGAAUCGGGAAGAAGCAGUCCACAAAAUGUACUUGAAAGAGCAGACAGUGCUGCUCUUCAAGAGGAGGCUAGUGACUUAGUAGAAGGGGUCCUUAUGAUGGCCAAGUUUGCCUUCUUGGAGGAGAAACGGCUCAAGAAUUGCUCACAUUCUGAAGAAGCCCAUACAGCAGCAUCUGGGGACCAGCUUAACAGUGCCACUGAAGAUGAGGAUGUGAUGCAGACUUCGGAAACAGUGAAGCAUGAACCUGCCUUGCCAUCAUCUGAAGUCUCAGUUAAUGGGGAAGUUACAGAAGAAAGCAUAACUGAUCAGCCAACAAGGCUGGAGGAAGAAGAGGCACCCAGAGAGGUUUUACAAGAGGAGUUCUCAUCAAAGCCACCUCAGUUAGUAGUUGAGGAAGAGAUAGCUCAGGUUGUAAUAUCCCAAGAAGAAUCUGCCUUGCCAUCAUCUGAAGUCUCAGUUAAUGGGGAAGUUACAGAAGAAAGCAUAACUGAUCAGCCAACAAGGCUGGAGGAAGAAGAGGCACCCAGAGAGGUUUUACAAGAGGAGUUCUCAUCAAAGCCACCUCAGUUAGUAGUUGAGGAAGAGAUAGCUCAGGUUGUAAUAUCCCAAGAAGAAUCUGUCAUGACAGUGGCUGAAGAGCAGCCUUCACAAGAAGUGCUGCCAUCUGUUGAGGAAGGAGAAGACCUGUCAUCAGAUCAGGAUGCUCUGCACAAGGCUGGUGAGCUUUCUGAGGAGAAGUUGAUAGCUACAACAGAAUUGCCAGUUGAGCAGGAAGUCCCCCGUGAGCUGGCUCAGGAAUCAAAGGAUUUUGCGGAACAGUUGGACAAAAAAGAAACACCAAUUUUGACCAUCUCCGCGGACAUGACACCAAAUGAGGAGAUGGACGAAGCCCCUAAAUCACCAAUAGAGGUCAAUGUCGUCAUAAGUAAACAGGGACUCCAAGAUGUCAGCAGUAAUGCCGAAGAGGUUGCCAACCAGACAACAGCAGGGAAGACAAAGCUGGUGGUUGAAGACUCCAUGAAGGAUGUGGACAUUGAAAUCGAGGAUGACAACCGGCAGACGUCCAUGUUUGGCCUCGCGGAUAUCCUGGAGUAUGUCAAUGCCGACGGCGAAGUGGAAGGCUCUACAACAGAGCCACAUGUCAGACCCUCAACACUAGCUUUAACAGCCAAGUCAACACCCAAAUCAGCCAGGCUGAUGUCCGCCGGAACUCCGAUAUCGAUGCUAUCAGACACAGGUACCCCCCUGACCCCCAUCAGUAUGAGAAGCCUCGACAUGCUGGACGAUACCGGAACCGAUGAGGACACAUUGGAUAGGACAGAGGAGGAGGGGGCUGACACUGAAAACAAGGGUCUGCCACCUGCUGCCAAGAGGUCUGUAUCUGUCGACACCGAGAUGGUAGAGGACAUCCAUGGAGAAUGGGAUGAUAAUAAGAAGCUGAUGGAUGUCAUUGUUGAAAAAGAACGAAAAAAAUCCCUCAGCGAGAACGUGGAGAGGAAGUCCCCUCAGCGGACGAUGUCCGUCAGAACAGCAGAAGCCAAGAAGAAUAUGGAGGGAGUGGAGUUGCCCGACGAGUGGCAAGAUGACGAGUUCUCUCAACAGAAGCUGGCAGGUGUGGACAGUCUCCAGGAAGAGGACUCCUUCUUUAAGAGGAGGGUACCACCAAAGGAUAACAAGUCCCGGAAGCGUGACAGCACACUAUCCGACGACGGUUCAGUGGAAGGCAUGAGUGCCUGGGCAGAGAGGCUUGCCGGGGACGAUGGAUUCGACGAGGAUGAUGACAUUGAUGAGACUCCAUCACCAGCCAACGGUCGAGACCAGCGGAGCUGGAGUAGUAACAGUCCCCGGAAGGUGGUUCCCAUCCCCGUGGGGCUGUCCCUGAGCCUGGACGGGGAGGCCAGUGUCCCCUCAACGCCGGCCGUUCUGACUCCAAGUAGCGCUGAGAUGUCCUGGGAUGAUGACACCAUGCCGUCUCCUGGCGUGGAGCCGAUCCCCGAGUACACGGCCAAGGAAGAGCUGGAGGAUAGACGCAAUUGGCGUAAGGUGGUCAUAGCCAACAAGGAAUUCACCCUGGACAUGAGGGCUAUCAAUCCCUACAAGAAAGUCCUGUCUCAUGGAGGUUACUAUGGUGACGGAGUGAAUGCCAUCAUUGUAAUCGCAUCCUGCUACAUGCCAGACAGGUCCCGCAAAGAUUACAACUACAUCAUGAAUAACCUCUUCCUGUAUGUCAUCAGCACCUUGGAGCUACUGGUUGCCAACGACUACGUCAUCGUCUACUUCCACGGAGCAGCCCCCAAGAAUCGUAUCCCUAGCCUGAACUGGAUGCGGAAAUGCUAUCAGAUGAUCGACAGAAAACUUCGCAAGAACCUCAAGGGUUUAUACAUAGUCCAUCCUACCAUGUGGCUCAGGACCAUCGUACGAUUCACCAGACCGUUCAUCAGUUCCAAAUUUAGCAGAAAACUGAAGUUUGUGGAAGCGCUGGACGAGUUACCCGCGCUGGUCAACAUGGAGUAUAUUUACGUGCCGGAUGAGGUCAGAAGAUUUGAUGAAGGCAGGACACAGAAGGAGGGUGGUGGUGGCGUAGCUGUGUGGGGGUGGAUAAGCAGCAACAGGGGAAAAGACGGAAGUAGCGAGGAUGGGGGGAGCAGCUGCAGCUACACCAUGGGCCCAGACUCGGACAUCGUGACGACGACGCAUGACGAAGACUACCUGGAUGACAUGCUAUACGUGCCCACAUCCCGGGCGGCUCGGCGUCGGAUGUCCGCACAGCUGCGGCGUGGCAACUUUGCCCUCUGGGCCCUGAAGCGUGAGCAGGGUGGGGACUCGGACGUGGAGGACUGGGACAGCCACGGUUUCAUGGAGGAUGACAUGUUUGCAGAUAUCGAGGAUGACGGGAUGGAUUCGGAGGACGGGGAGGUGGGCGUGGCUCAGAGACAGGAUGAGGAUGUGGCGGAGGCGAGUGAUGAGAAUGAGGCACAAGAUUUGAAGCAUCGGAGGAGCGUCGGAGACGAGGAUCUGGAGUAUGAGGAAGAAAUUGACCCCUUUGCGGCUCUCCAUGCUCCUACUUCUCACCACUCUCACCAUCUCUCACAUUCUCAUCAUCAACAGCUGCGUCAUCAUCAACAGCAUCUAGAUCAACAUCAUCCUGAUCCGAACUCAGAAUCAAAGACUACAGACGCAAGAAAGCUUCACAAAAAGGGCAUACGCAGACAUCUCAAGAAAUCCGGGAAAAAAUGAUUAAAUUGCAAUUUGGGGUUUUUUUAACUUUAUUUUUUACUUUAUUUUUUACUCCAAAUAUGUCAUUCCAGUUAUUUUCAAAUUUUGUUUUUUAAAGGCCGUGUAGGAACUACCCACUCUUCAUGGAUAUUAACGUCCCCUUAAAUUUUAAUUAUUUUAUUCAUUUAUAUUACAAAUGUACAUGUAAGUGGAAAUAUUUUUACCUUUUGAACUU